AUGGACAGCCGCUUACAGGAGAUCCGGGAGCGGCAGAAACUACGGCGACAGCUCCUCGCGCAGCAGGUCCGCGGCCCGGGUAGCCAAUGCGGGGAGGGAUCGCGAAUGCGCGUGCGCGGCCGCUUUCUCCUCUCUCCCUGCCUAUCUUCGUCCUUUGCGGCUUCCUAUGAUACCUCUGCUCCAAAUACAAAACGUAAAUAUCUAGAUGAAGGAGAGACAGAUGAAGACAAAAUGGAAGACUAUAAGGAUGAACUGGAAAUGCAACAAGAGGAGGAGAAUUUGCCAUAUGAAGAAGAGAUUUACAAAGAUUCUAGUACUUUUCUUAAGGGGACACAGAGCUUAAAUCCCCAUAAUGAUUACUGUCAGCAUUUUGUAGACACUGGACAUAGACCUCAGAAUUUCAUCAGGGAUGUAGGUUUAGCUGACAGGUUUGAAGAAUAUCCUAAACUAAGAGAGCUCAUCAGGCUGAAAGAUGAGUUAAUAGCUAAAUCUAAUACCCCUCCUAUGUACUUACAAGCAGAUAUAGAAGCUUUUGACAUCAGAGAACUGACACCCAAAUUUGAUGUGAUUCUCCUGGAACCUCCUUUAGAAGAAUAUUACAGAGAAACUGGUAUCACUGCUAAUGAAAAAUGCUGGACUUGGGAUGAUAUUAUGAAAUUAGAAAUCGAUGAGAUUGCAGCACCUCGAUCAUUUAUUUUUCUCUGGUGUGGUUCCGGGGAGGGGCUGGACCUUGGAAGAGUGUGUUUACGCAAGUGGGGUUACAGAAGAUGUGAAGAUAUAUGUUGGAUUAAAACCAAUAAAAACAAUCCUGGGAAGACUAAAACUUUAGAUCCAAAGGCUGUCUUCCAGAGAACAAAGGAGCACUGCCUUAUGGGGAUCAAAGGAACUGUUAAGCGUAGCACAGACGGAGACUUCAUUCAUGCUAAUGUUGACAUUGACUUAAUUAUCACAGAAGAACCUGAAAUUGGCAAUAUAGAAAAACCUGUAGAAAUUUUUCAUAUAAUUGAACAUUUUUGUCUCGGUAGAAGACGGCUUCAUCUUUUUGGAAGAGAUAGUACAAUUCGACCAGGCUGGCUUACAGUUGGACCAACUCUUACAAAUAGCAACUACAAUGCAGAAACAUAUGCGUCCUACUUCAGUGCCCCUAAUUCCUACUUGACUGGAUGUACAGAAGAGAUUGAGAGACUUCGACCAAAAUCACCUCCUCCCAAAUCUAAAGCUGACCGUGGAGGUGGAGCUCCCAGGGGUGGAGGAAGAGGUGGAACUUCUGCUGGCCGUGGCCGAGAAAGAAAUCGAUCUAACUUCCGAGGAGAAAGAGGUGGCUUUAGAGGGGGCCGUGGAGGAGCACACAGGGGUGGCUUUCCGCCUCGAUAAUUUCUGAAGACACUGGUCCUAUUAAUGCUCCUCU